AUGGCUCCUCGUGGACAGGGCACCAUUAAGCGGCCAGCGCUGCCGCCGCAUCUUCUCAAGGAACUGGGCGCAUCAGAUAACCAUAAACGACGAGACAAUCGCACGACAGUUACGUCGAGAAAGGAGCAGCGCAAGGCGGAGCGACAGGGCAAAAGGACUGGAAGAUCAGAUGCGAUUCGGAAUCGCCAAGCGCCCGCGCCUCAGCGAAAUCAGCCAUCAUCGUCAAAAUCUCAACCCCCGAAGAAGUCUCCCGCGGCGCCUGCGAAAGCCGAACCGAAAUCCGCACUGAAGAAUAAUAAAAGGCCUGAGCCAGACUCUGACGAGGAGGAUGAAGAUGACUUUGGGGGUUUCGAUGAUGAAGACGAUGAGCUGUCAGAUGGCAUCCUAAAUGAGGACUCGGACGAGGACAUGGGUGAUGACGGGGAGCACCACGACGACGAAGAUUCGCAAGAGGACGAUGAAGAUGAAGAUGAGGAGGAGGACGAGGAGGACGAAGAUACCCCACCACCAACAAAUAAGAAGCUCUCCAAGACGCUGAAGGAUAAAUUCGCCGAGGAUGAUGCCGAGAUUGCAGCUCUGGAAAAGAAACUAGGGAUGAAGGGCAAGAAGAAGCUGCCACAGUCAUUCAUCGAUGACGGUCUGGGUGAACUUUUGGGAGAGUUAGAUGGAAAUCUGGAAGAUGGGGGCUCAGACAAGCGGAAGCGCAAGGCCGAGGCAGAUGAGUGGCUGGCUCAGAAGAGGAGGAAGGCUGAGGCUGCUGCCGCUGCAUCGACGCAGAAAAAGCGAGCACAACCAGACUUUGACGAGAGCGAGGAUGGGGAUAGCGACGAGGACAUGGAUGAUAUGGAUGAGGAUAUGGAUGGUUUCGGUUGUGAAGGAGAUGGUUUGGAUGGUGAAGAAGACGAAGAAGGAAGCGAUGAGGGUGAGGAGGACGGAUUCGAUGACUUUGGAUCAGAGGAUGAGGAUAUGGAAGAACCACCUGCAAAAAAAGUCCGCGAAAACCCCUAUGUUGCUCCAACAACAGGGCAGACGGCAAAAUAUGUCCCUCCAUCACUACGCAAAGCCACAGGUUCGGAAUCAGAGCUGGAGGCCCGAGUUCGUCGGCAGACACAAGGCCUUGUCAACAGGAUUACUGAAGCGAACCUUUUGACCAUUCUCGGCGAAAUUGAGAAGCUUUACAGAGACAACGCUCGACAGCACGUCACAUCCGCCCUCGUUGAUUUACUCCUUAUUCAAGUGUGUGAUCCCACAAGCUUGCCAGACACACUCCUUAUUCUCUCGGCCGGCUUUGCCUCUGCAGCCUACAAAGUGUUUGGAACGGACUUUGGAGCGCAAUUGAUCCAGGAGGUGGUAGAGCGCUACGACAAGUACUACGAGGAAGCUCAGGAGGCCGCACUUGGUGGGCCAGAUGUACCGAAGCAAACAUCAAACCUGAUAACAUUCGUCUCACAGCUGUACAACUUCCAGCUGAUCGGCCCAGGCUUGAUAUUCGACUACAUUCGUACCCUUCUGGAUAACCUUUCUGAGCUGAAUGCUGAACUACUGCUUCGAAUUGUGCGGAUGUGUGGUACUACCCUCCGCACGGACGACCCAAUGGCUCUCAAAGACAUUGUCACGUUGAUUCCAGGAGCCGUGGCGAAGCAUGGCGAAAAGAACCUGACCGUUAGGACCAAGUUCAUGAUUGAGACCAUCACAGAUCUCAAAAAUAACAAGCUCAAGGCUGGAGCCGGUGCGUCAGCUAUUGUUUCGGAGCAUACCGCCAAAAUGAAGAAGACACUGGGUCAGCUCAAGGCAAGGAAACUGAAGGCAAUGGAACCAUUACGCAUCGGGCUGCAAGAUAUCCGAGACGCUGACAAGACUGGAAAAUGGUGGUUGGUUGGUGCCAGCUGGGCAGGCAAAUCCAAGGAUAAGAAGGAUGCCAAAGAAAAGCCAGCCACUGAAGAGCGAGAAGAUGACGACAGUGACGACGAAAGCAUCGUGCUAGAUGACUUUGAAGAAGGUCCCGAUCUUUUGGAACUGGCCAGAGAGCAAGGUAUGAAUACCGAGGUCCGGCGGUCCAUCUUUGUCACCAUCUUGUCAGCUCUCGACGUCCAAGACGCCUAUAUCAGGAUUCUCAAACUCCGCCUCAACAAGGAACGCCAAAGGGAGAUCACGACUGUGAUCACCAAAUGCGUUGGCGCUGAGAAGCACUACAACCCUUACUACACUCUCAUCGCCAGAAAGGUUUGCGAGAACAUGCGUGAGGUGAAGUGGUCAUUCCAGACUUGCCUCUGGAAGAUGUUUGGCAGGAUGGGUGAAACUGGCUUUGUGGAAGAGGACGAGGAGCUGGAAGAGGAAGAGCUCGAGGAAGAGUUCAGCACCCAAAGGUUAAUCAACACGGCCAAGAUGGUGGGUUCAUUGAUUGCGAGUGGGCAUAUGAGCUUGAUCGCCAUUAGGCGGCUGAAUCUCGCCUAUCUGCAAAAGAGGACACGAAACUGGAUGGAGAUCAUGCUCAACACGCUGCUGCUGGAGUGCCAGACAGGUGAGAAGCCUGGGGAAGAGGUUAUCACGAAGGUGUUUGCGGCUGUCAACACUGCCCCUGAAUUUGCCAUUCAGUUGCAGCACUUUUUGAAGAAGGUCACGAGAAAGACGGAUCUGACUGCAAGCAAAAAGGAGACAAAGUUGGUGAGGGGAGGGUGCAAGAUGGCAGAGGCGGCACUACAAGCCGUCGUAGCAGCCGAAGAGUUGUUGUAA